UGUUAAUUCAUGUCAAGACAAUGUCAAGAGAAGUGAUAUAAGAAAUAUUUUAUUAUUGUUGAUAAACCAUACUUUUUAAACUAAAAUGUAAAAAUAUUUUAAUCGUUUUAACUGGAUAAUGUAGAGCAGCAUGCCGCCAUUUCGAAGAAAAAAAUCUGGAAAGAGCUUUCCUGUUAAAGUAUGCACUUUGGAUGCUGAAUUGGAGUUCAAUUUAGAAUGGAGGGCAACUGGAAGGGACCUUUUCGAAUUAGUUUGCAGGACGAUAGGUUUAAGAGAAACUUGGUAUUUUGGUUUACAGUAUGAGGAUUCUAAGGGUUUUAUAUCAUGGUUAAAAUUGGACAAAAAAGUUCAAGAUCAAAGCAUCCAAAAGAAUCACCAAACUGCUUCUUUUAUGUUCCUAGCAAAAUUUUAUCCUGAGGAAGUGGCAGAGGAAUUGGUGCAGGAAGUGACUCAACAUUUGUUUUUCUUACAAGUUAAACAGGCCAUAUUGUCAAUGGAUGUGUACUGUCCGCCGGAAGCUUCAGUAUUAUUAGCUAGUUAUGCAGUGCAGGCUAAGUUUGGAGAUUUUGAUGAAGAUACCUAUAAACCUGGUAUGUUAGCGAGUGAAGACUUGUUGCCUCAACGGGUAAUAGACCAAUAUCAGAUGACGUUAGAGAUGUGGGAAGAACGAAUCAGAGUCUGGUAUGCGGAUCACAGGGGGAUGUCUCGAGACGAAGCUGAGAUGGAGUAUCUUAAGAUCGCCCAGGAUCUGGAUAUGUACGGUGUUAAUUACUUUCCGAUAUUAAAUAAGAAAGAGACUGAACUAUGGCUCGGCGUCACGGCGUUGGGUUUGAAUAUAUACGAAAAAGAGAAUAAACUUCAACCGAAAACAACGUUCACGUGGUCAGAGAUUCGACACAUCAGCUUUGACGACAAGAAGUUUAUUAUUAAACCAGUGGAUAAAAAUGCCCCAAAUUUCGUAUUCUUUAGUCAAAAGGUUAGGAUGAACAAAUUGAUAUUAGACUUAUGUAUGGGCAAUCACGAUCUGUUUAUGCGACGACGAAAACCAGACUCUAUGGAACUGCAACAGAUGAAAGCGGCUGCUAAAGAAGAAAAACAAAGACGACAGGUGCAAAGAAAUAGACUGGCAAGAGAAAAGCAGUUACGAGAAGAAGCCGAGCGCGAGAGGGCGAGCAUGGAGCAGAGAUUGCUUCAGUAUCAAGAGGAGAUACGGUUAGCUAACGAGGCUUUGCGAAAAUCCGAAGAAAGUGCGGAUCUUCUAGCAGAAAAAAGUCGAGUAGCUGAAGAAGAAGCGAGACUCUUAAGCCAAAAGGCCGCCGAAGCUGAACAAGAAAUCAUAAGAUUAAGACUGACAGCGAUGAGAAAAGACGAAGAAAAGGUUUCUUUAGAAAGAAAGACAAGAGAAGCAGAAAUGCUAACGGCUCGACUUGUCGAAGAAUCUGAAAAGAGGGCAGCAGAAGCGAAUAAGCUCAAAGACGAGCUGCUGAAGGCCAGAGCAGCGGAGAAACAAGCUAAAGAAAAACUUUUAGACUUCCUAAGUCGUACCACGUCUUACAAUGGAUCCAAUACAGUGUCUCCUAUUUCUUCCGUUACAACCUUGUAUCAACCUCCGUUAAGUCCCAGUUACUGUCCAGAAUUGUCGAUCAUAGAAAAUGAAAUGUCUACGUCUCCAGAUCUUAAUUUGAACAUCACUUCCUACGAUUUGAUAGCCAAUGCGGAUGCAGACCAGCUCUCGUUGGAAAUAGAAAAAGAAAGGAUUGAAUAUCUAGAAAAAUCAAAGCACCUCCAAAACCAGCUCCGAGAACUUCGGAGUGAAAUCGCUGUGUUAAAGGUCGGCGACAAACAUAAUGACUACGACCAUCUACACGACGAACAAGUAAAAUUGGGCGAAAACAAAUAUUCUACACUAAAAAAAAGCAAGUCUGGUUCCACGAAAAGCAGGGUUGCAUUUUUUGAGGAAUUAUAGCAGCGCUUCAUUGUUUUUAUGAAUAGAUAUAAUUUAUAUUUGACAAUAAUUUUAGGGAUAAUUGAAAAUAAAUAUUUUUU